GUCAGCUGAAUGUUAAAGCAAAUUUGCUUGAUAAAUCUUUGAGCCGAAAAAAAGUAAAUAAUAAAGUAUCAACUACACCAAAGAUUGCUGGAAAAUAUAUCGUUUUUAUACAAAUUAAAAAGAGAAGGUGACCACCGCAGGAAUCAACCCAUUUAGUCAACUUGAAUGUUGGAACAAAUAUUGAGCAAAGUUGUAGAAAUGCUGAAGUUCUUCAAAAACAUAUUAUUGAGUCUUUAUAUACAAUACGAAUUGGUUACUUGCAUUUAUAUGUUUGAACCAUGGGAAAAGAAGCUAAUAAACAGUUUUGUAAUACUCACGCUUGGUUUAGUGAUUUUCUCCAGCUUCGUGUAUUUGCCAUCAUAUUUUGAAACAUUCCUACAAUUUGUGUCUCCGUUACCACAAAAAGAAGGCUCAGCAUCGUAUACACCCAUAUUGCAAACACAAAAAAUGAGUAUGAGUUAGGAGAGAAUGGGACAUGACCGAAAUAAAAACGCACAAURUGUAUUUGUUAAGUGUAAAUUCGCUAAUUAGGCCAAAAUGUUAUUAACAGCAUUGAUAAUUUACAAUUUACAUUUUAAUUCGAUGAACUAUGCUGUUUAGUUUGAUACUUAUAGUAGACAUAACAUUAAGGUGAAAAUCGACAGACUAUGUGGAACUCAAUGAAUUUCAAAAAUGUUAACGUGUGUAAAGUGAUACUUAAUAAUGUGGUGUUUUAGAUGAAAUAUUUGUAAUAAAUGCGCAUUUAGUGUUAAAAUGAUUUCCGAAAAUUUAA